CCGAGGGUCCCACCCUUCCUUUUCCUUUUGUCGUCGACACUUCCGUGGACGUGGGGAUAAGCAACAAAAAAAGGAACCUCCUUUAAAAUGGCAGUGUUGACACGAUUCCAGCAUCUUCUUCUUCUUCAACCCGGAUUCCUCUCUUCUCAUCAGUCUCCUGUUCUCCGACAUCCUCUAAUCAGAACUCGAACAGUCAUCAGAUCGGUGAUGGGUUCUUCCUCUUCCUCCUCCUCCUCGAAGCUUCUCUUCCGACAGCUCUUCGAGAAAGAGUCUUCCACUUACACCUAUCUCCUCGCUGACGUCUCCCAUCCGGAUAAACCUGCUCUGUUGAUUGAUCCGGUGGACAAGACUGUUGAUAGAGACUUGAAGCUGAUCAAUGAGCUAGGCUUGAAGCUUGUCUAUGCUAUGAACACUCAUGUUCAUGCCGAUCACGUCACUGGCACUGGACUUCUUAAGACAAAGGUCCCAGGUGUGAAAUCAGUCAUUUCGAAAGCAAGUGGUUCUAAAGCAGACAUGUUUCUUGAGCCUGGUGACAGAGUAUCUAUUGGUGAUAUAUACCUUGAGGUUCGUGCUACACCUGGACAUACUGCAGGAUGUGUUACAUAUGUGACUGGAGAGGACGCGAAUCAGCCCCAACCAAGAAUGGCUUUUACCGGGGAUGCUGUACUUAUCCGCGGUUGUGGAAGGACCGACUUUCAGGGUGGAAGUUCGGAUCAACUCUAUGAGUCUGUGCACUCACAGAUAUUUACAUUGCCAAAGGACACACUGAUAUAUCCAGCUCAUGACUACAAAGGUUACGAGGUGAGUACAGUUGGAGAAGAGAUGCAACACAACCCACGUUUAACCAAAGAUAAAGAAACAUUCAAAUCCAUCAUGUCAAAUCUGAAUCUGGCGUAUCCGAAGAUGAUUGAUGUUGCAGUUCCAGCAAACAUGGUAUGUGGAUUACAAGAUUUGCCUGCUCAAGCCAACUUAUAACUCUCUACACAAAUGUCUCUCUCCCACACACUCUUGAGAGUUUGUUUCUUUGUCCAAUAAGGUCUUGUCGUAUUAGAUAAAAGAUCAUUAGAAGAUUGUGUAAGUUUUUUUUUUCUUUUUUUGCUUGCUAAAUAAGAUUGUGUAAGUUACAUUGAACAUAUAUGGAGUUUGUAUUGGAGAUAAUAACAUAUAUUACGUGUUCAACUUU